CGCGUCAUUAUUGGAGAGGAGGGCCUGGGCGACUGUCCAAACACUGACUCGCAGUGAAUGGAUGGAACUUCAACUACAUCUUGUACCAUUCGUGUAUCUCAGGAACAACAGAAAGAAGCUGUUGGUAGUCCUGCUGUUGAUAGUAUCACUGGCUAUCAUUCGUGUCAGUAUCAGAGCACAAGUUCAAGAUGACAGUAGUGUAAUACGCACAGUUCAAAGAUCUAAAAUGGACCCGCCUAGUAGAACAAGAGCUUACUUGCAUCGUUCCAAUCUUGUAAAUGACAGUGAUCCGGUUAUAAGCUCACCUCAAAACAAGAAUCAAGUGGAGAGAGAAAGAUUUCAAAGGAAACAGAUACACAGCUUUUGCACACACCACAAACGCCGUAGGAGAUACUUUUCAUUCCCAUCUGAGAGCGAUCAAAGAAAAAGACUAUUCAGUCGUCUUCUGUUUGAUGACAAACAUCACGCUAUACUCUGCUUUGUGGAACAGACUGGAUGCACUGACUUGAUAGGUACUAUCAUAAGGAGUUGGACUGGUAGCAGUUCAUCAAGUGAUGAAUAUACUAUCAAAGGAGACAGCUUUGCUGACAAGAAUUUGACAGAUACUGCAAGAAGAAAGAAAGUGCGCUCAAACUAUAAAAUAAUGGUGGUUAGGAACCCAUUGGAGAGACUGGUUCUGAGCUAUAAGAAUUUAAUAGAGCCUCCAUUGACGAGUUUACACUUUGUCUUUCCUAACGACAUCAAAUUAGAGAUACUAAUGCGCUAUAGGUCAAGGGAAUACAGGGAAUGGAAAACAGAGGGAAUGAAGUACCCACUGAAUGUGACAUUCAUGGAAUUUGUGCUAUACUAUGUCAAUGAAGAAAGCGAAGACCUUGACCCACACUUUCAAACAAUGACAGACCUGUGUCAUCCCUGUCGCAUACACUAUGACUUUUAUCCAAAUACCAAAACUUGCAGUGAAGACAUCAAUGCAAUCACUAGUAAACUCUCAAUAAACUCAACAUCAACCAAUCACCAUGAUCAGUAUCAAGAGAAGCUCCUACUUACUGAGUAUUAUUCUCAGCUCCCUAAGAGGCUAAAGAAGAAA